AUGGAGACCGAAGCCCCCGUGAGCGAUGGCAUCAAGGCUGGCGAGACUAAUACCGAAAACCACAAGGACGAUUCCAUGGCCCAUUCAAAGAGCAAGACGGAAGGCACGAGGAAGCUCACUGAUAUCUUUCGUAUCUCCAAACUGAAGGUAUUUCUGCUGGCACUCUCUUUUGCCUAUCUGGCCAAGACCAUGUCUGGGGCUUACAUGAACAGCAUGCUCACACAGCUCGAACGGCGGUUCAACAUCCCCGCCUCACUGCUUGGAGUGAUCAGUGGAAGCUUUGAAAUGGGGAACUUGCUGGUGAUUGCCUUUGUGAGCUACCUCGGAGCAAAAUGCCAUAGGCCGCGCCUAAUCGCUAUAGGAUGCACAGUCAUGGCCUUGGGGUGUUUUUUGAUAGGGCUGCCUCAUUUUCUGAUGGGAAGGUACCAGUAUGAAAACAUUGCUUUUUCAUCAGAAAAUUCUUCUUCAUUCAUGGCUGUUUGCCAUGCCAAUUAUACCAUGCCUACUGAACAAACCACAGAAGAAUGUGAAAAGCAGGCCGGAUCUUCGAUGUGGGUGUUUCUGUUGGUGGGAAACAUUAUCCGAGGUGUCGGUGAAACGCCCAUCACCCCCUUAGGCAUUUCGUAUGUGGAAGAUUUUGCAAAAUCCGAAAAUUCUCCUUUCUACAUUGGCUGCCUACAGAUAGCGACGGUCCUGGGCCCAUUGUUUGGUCUGAUGUUGGGUUCCUAUUGUGCACAGCUGUACGUGGAUGUUGGAUUCAUAGACCUAG